AUGGCAAUGCGGGAGCUCAUCGAGGACAACCGCCGACUAAGGGCCCACAUCGAGACGAGCGAGGCCCAGAGGCAAGCGCUCUACCUCAACCGCCUCGAGAAGUACCACCUCCUCCUCUACCAGUACGGCAACCCGGUGAUCUACCACAAGUUUCUGCAGUUCCUGCUCCACCAGUACCCCCUCGACUACCUGAGCAGCCGACAACCGCGGCUCAACCUGACGUGCAUGGACCUCGCCGAGCAGAAGAACCAGAUGGACCAGGGAGUACCUCGGCGCAACGGUGGCUUGGACCUGCUCCACAACUACCACGGUAUGUCCCAACUUCAGAAUGCUAUGGUGAAACAGCUGGCUACGGACACCAGCCCGAAGGGACCCGAGACGGUGAAACCAGGAGCACAACUACCUCAACUACCACCUCUUGGUGAGGACAGCCCCAUCGACUACCAGGACUGGUUGACCCAAGUGGAGGCCAUCAUGGCGGACAUGUCGGACAGUAGCCGGACUUGGUUCCAGUUGGUGAUGAAAGAAGUUGAGAUGGCGUACCUCGCCUACCUGAAGGCCUCCCCCAUGGACCGGUUGAAGCUCCGGCCCACGGAGCCCGAACACCUCGUUGCUGGAGCCUACCAACGGGUACAUGCGAGGGCAGCUACCAUGUUGAUGGCUUCGCUUCCUUCUGAGGUGAAGUCAGAGUUCGUGGCGACAAGGAGAACUUCGGUGAUCAGCAUGCUGUUCAGGCUGGCCGUGCUCUACCAGCCUGCGGGGGAACAGGAGCGGACCCUCAUACUUCGGAAGCUCCAAACUCCCGGCAUAGCAAGCACUCCCACGGAGGCCAUCACUAUUCUGCGGUCGUGGGACAGAUGGUUCCUGAGGAGCCGCGCCAUCGGUGUAGUUCCUCCUGACCCGUACAUCUUG